CACAGGAAAUGUUUUCAGCUAGAGCAUUCCUCAGACAAAAUCCAAGGGAAGCUGUAAGUGUACGCAUCGGUCCGGCAGCCUUUUAUUUUCGAAGCGACCAUGGGCCAUCACAAAUGCACCUGUAUCCCUCUGUUCCUUGCAAUCAGCCUAAUCGGGACCCUGUGGCACAGCUCAGCCUGCCGCCCAGGGACGCGGGUGGAUUGCGAGAAAGCCCCCUUCGUGCCCGGCUACAAUCUGGCAGGGGAAGGCUUCGACGUGGUGCAGAUGCGCCGCAAGGGGGCCUAUUUGAUAAACAUCAAGUCCUACAUGCAUGACAACCGCACGUGCACGGUGUGCGAGAACCGUUUCCAGGGGGCGCAGGUGCAGAAGCUUCCCUCGGCCGUGUUGGACUGGCGUCCCUUCAGCCGCUGCAGCAAGCAGGUGUCUAGCGCUCUCCACCAUUCCAUCGACUCUCUCAUCAAGAGUUCCACGUCCCUCGUCAACAAUAACUGGGGGACGGACCUCAGCCUGGAUGACCUCGGCAAGGCGCUCGUGGGAGGGAGCCGCUCAGAUAUGGCCAAGUUCGCCAAAUCUCAGCACAUGAUGGACAAGGCGACCUUCGCUCUGCAAGAGAUCAGCUGCACAUAUUAUAGUUACAGGGUAACAGACACACCAGAGCUCAGCGCCGAGUUCUCUAAACACGUACAUCGACUACCGAGAUACUACAACGAGAAAACAAAAUCCCUGUAUCGUCGCACUAUUGAGACCUAUGGCACCCACUACAUCCACCACGUCCACUUGGGAGGACGUGUGAGACGAGUCACAGCCUUUCGAACGUGCUUUGCCACCCUGAAGGGCUUCUCCGAGUCCAACAUAAAGAACUGUCUGAACGUUGAGUUAAAUAUGGCCUUAGGAUUCCUUCCCACAAAUGCAUCGCUUUCUAACAAAUGCUCGGAUAUACUCAAAAAUAACAUGAGCUUGGGCUUCCACCAGGACUUCAUGACGCACAGAAUCGAGGUGCUGGGCGGUGAGAAGUACUUCCCGGACCUCGUUCUCCUUCAAAGCCCAGCUGAGGCAUACACAAGCUGGAUGAACAGCUUGCACGAGCACCCAGACAUCAUUUCGUACGGCAUUUCCCCCCUCCAUCAUCUGGUGCCGGACCAGGAGUUGAGCGUCAGCCUGAGGACGGCGGUGAGCGAGUACGUUGAAGAGAACAUGCUGGAGGUAGAUGAGGAAGGCAAACACAGAUGCGCACUAGCACCAAACCUGGACCACAACUGCUGCCCUCUCCGCGCGGGCCGUGGCAACCUGAGAGUUGUGGUGGGGCGGGCCGCGGGCCUGAGGGCAGACUUCUUCACCCAGACCGACGGCUACGUGAAGGUUUGGUACAACGGCAUGUACGAGGAGACUGCGGUAGUGAUGGACAACAACAACCCGGAGUGGAACGCUAGUUACAAUUUCGGCUCAAUAGAGUUUGGGCACAGGCUAACAUUUGAGGUGUGGGACACAGACGUGCUGUAUAACGACCUGGUAGGAAGGUGUGUGGUCUAUCCUGAACGUGGCACUCAUUCACAUAGCUGCAAGCUACACAGAGGAGUCUUUUACUUCACCUACAGUGCCCAGUGUGAUGCAUACCUGACUGGCCAUAGGUGUGGGAGAUACUCUCCAAAAACAGAGGUGCUUUGAUAUACUUGAGCCCCGGUGCCUUCCAGAAGGAACUGAAAGUACUCUUGGACUUAUAACAUGCACUUUCAUAUGAUGUUAAGUAUUUUCAUAUAGUUCUCUUAUGUGUUAUCUAUGUGAUUAACCUUUAAUGAUUAAUGUGUCUACAAGCAAUGCAUCAGUUCCUGUCUGUUUAUUAUUGCCAAAGGCUCCAUACUUACGGAAAAAAAAAAACCCCACAACUGAUUUGUACUUGUUUUCUGGCAUGGAGCUCAAUAUUUCUUUUAUUACCAAUCUACAAUUUUUUAAAUGUAACUUCUUACUUUUAUUGUAACUUUUACACUAGUAGUAACUACACUAAAUUAAACUUACACUUGCCUCUCAAGGAAGGAAAACGUGCUAUAAAAUGUCUUUAUUUGAAAGGGACAUAUUUAUGUAAUACAAGACAAUAUCAACAGUACACUUAAAAACAAACAAAAACAAAAAAAACCCAACAAGGCAAAAGACAUUUUGUUCAAUAUGUAGCUCACCACUGAAAAAAAAAAAAAAAA